AUUUUCGACACAGAAAUUAAAGAAACCAACAGCUUCCUCUGAAGCUUCGUUGGUGGCGACUGCUGCACGGUUUCAUCUUUGAAUCUUCUCUUCUCAAUCUUCGUUGCUUUGGUUGAUUGUCCUUCUAUCAAGAUGGUUGGACCAGCACCAUUUGUAGAUAUAGGCAAAAAAGCCAAAGACCUCCUGACAAAAGAUUACAACUUUGACCAGAAGUUUACUCUUUCAAUGCUGAGCUCCACUGGAAUGGGACUUACGGCCACUGGGCUCAAGAAGGACCAGAUUUUUUUUGGAGACAUAAAUACCGUGUAUAAGAGUGGAAAUACUACUGUGGAUGUGAAAGUUGAUACCUAUUCUAAUGUGUCCACAAAAGUGACUGUCAAUAAUGCAUGGCCAUGUUCCAAAGCUGCUCUAAGUUUCAGGAUACCUGAUCACAAGUCAGGCAAGUUGGAUGUCCAAUAUCUUCAUCCUCGUGCGGCCAUUGAUUCUAGCAUUGGCCUUAAUCCAACUCCUCUACUGGAGCUUUCGGCAACAAUUGGCAGCAACGAGCUUUAUUUGGGUGGUGAAGUUGGAUUUGAUACAGCUUCUGCUUCUUUUACCAAGUACACUGCUGGGAUAAACUUGAACAAGCCAGAUUUCUCUGCUGCUCUUUUGCUGACUGAUAAAGGACAGGCAUUGAAGGCAUCCUAUAUCCAUUCUGUCAACCCCUUCACCUCUGUUGCUGCUGAAAUGGCUCAUAGAUUUUCCACCUACGAAAACUCUUUCACCAUUGGGAGUUCUCAUGACGUGGAUCCUUUUACCGUGGUAAGAACACGGUUCUCCGACAACGGGAAGGUCGCAAUGCUCUGCCAACGUGAAUGGAGGCCCAAGUCACUCGUAACUUUUUCAGCGGAGUACGAUUCAAAGGCCACGAAUGCAUCCCCUAAGAUGGGGCUUGCCCUUGCCCUCAAGCCUUGACCGUGAGGAUGCCGUUUCGGAUUUUCCGUAUUUUAAAUUUUGAUAUGGUUUUUCCCCGAAACCCUUGUGGGAGUUGUCAUUCACCCACAGAUUAUUUCGAAAUAUUAUAUAAGCAAAUUGUUGAGAUAAUGAGUUGAUGAAUGUGUUUUUUCUUUCA